AAAGCCCCAAGAGAUCUCCGAAGUAGAUCAGUUUAGUUCAGAAUUCGCAAACGACCCAAGAAAUCCCAAGCCAGAUUUAAUCGGUCCGAUUUUCAUUGACCCCCCAGCCGUCCAACCGUCCAGCCAACUCCGCCGUCAACAGAGAAACCCCCGCAGAUUGCAGAUCUAAUGCUCGUCUGGAACGAUAAACAGGAUACCAACUUCACCUUCAUUUGAGCCCUCUGCUCUGGUAGCCACAAAUCGGACCGGAGACACCGCUGAACCCAAAUAUUUGGAAUUUUCUUUGUUUUUUUUUUUCGGUUUUUGUUUUUUUUUUUUUUUUUUGGAAAAAAAAAGCCCGGCCCGGUGAUAAUGCCCAGCAGUGUUGCCAACGAGAGUCAGUUCCGAUUCCAGAGCAGCCGCAGUAGGGCCAGCUGUCCGAGCCGGACUCCCAGUGAGCCGGACUCGCCGGCGGCCACUCCGAGCUGCGAUGUGGUGGACCAGGCGCUGGCCGAGCUGCAGCUGCAGUCGCAGGAGAUCAGCGAGAAGGACCUCCUGGUAGCGUCCACCAGCAGGCAGGGUCGCUCCGGCUGGCAGAUCAAGGCCUCCCAGCUGUCCAUCAACACGCACAAUCGCAUCCGGAACAUUGUCGAGUCCCUGAAGAUCAAGCCGAAUCCGGAGAAGCCCAUGAUACCGCUGUCCAUUGGUGAUCCCACAACCUUUGGCAACCUGAAGGCCGCCGACGAGACGAUGAAGGCGGUGCUGCACUCGCUGGAGAGCGGCAAGUUCAAUGGGUACGCCCACACCCAGGGUCACGAGGUGGCCCGCCAGGCGGUGGCCAAGUACAGUGCCCACCAGCGACCCGACGGCGAGAUCGACCCGAACGAGGUGGUGCUCUGCAGCGGCUGCUCCUCCGCCUUGGAGUACUGCAUCCUGGCGCUGGCGGAUCGCGGCCAGAACGUGCUGGUGCCGCGACCCGGCUUCUGUUUGUACGGCACCCUGACCGAGGGACUCGACAUUGAGGUGCGCUACUAUGACCUCCUGCCCGAUCAGGAGUGGCGCGCCGAUCUCGUCCAGCUGGAGAGCCUGAUCGACGAGAACACCGCCGCCCUGCUGAUCAACAAUCCGAGCAAUCCCUGCGGCAGCGUCUUCGACGAGGAGCACCUGCUCCAGCUGAUCGACAUCUGCGAACGGCACUAUCUGCCCAUCAUAGCCGACGAGAUCUACGAGCACUUUGUGUUCCCCGGCUCCAAGCACGUGGCCGUGAGCAGCCUGACCAAGGAGGUUCCGGUUCUUUCCUGCGGUGGAUUGACCAAACGCUUCCUGGUUCCCGGAUGGCGAAUGGGUUGGAUCAUCAUCCACGAUCGCAAGCAGCGCUUGGCCAAUUCCAUUGUCGGGCUGAAGAACAUGUGUGGUCGCAUCCUGGGCUCCAACACCAUCAUCCAGGGUGCCUUGCCCGAGAUCUUGACCAAAACACCGCAGUCUUACUUUGACGGUGUAAUCGACGUGCUACACUCUAAUGCCACACUGGCCUACAAAAUGCUGAAGACGGUACGCGGCCUUAACCCCGUGAUGCCCAACGGGGCCAUGUACAUGAUGAUCGGCGUGAGCAUCGAGCGCUUCCCGGCCUUCAAGGACGACACUCACUUCGUCCAGGAGCUGGUCAACGAGCAGAGCGUCUUCUGCCUACCGGGCAGCUGCUUCGAGUAUCCGGGAUACGUGAGGAUCGUGCUGACGGUGCCGGGGCCGAUGAUCGAGGAGGCCUGCUCCAGGAUGGCCGAGUUCUGCGAUCGCCACUUCAAGAAGGACUCGCGCGCCUUCAUCGAGCACGGACUGCUGGACGAGGAUCUCGCCUUUUGAGCCAAGUUCAAUACUUCAGGAGCAAAACAUUUAUUAGACAUUCUAGACUACAAUUUGUAUCAAGUGUACACAAGUAUAUGUAUAAUAUAUAUAUAUAUCCAUCAUUAACUAUCCAA